GUUCAUGAAGCUGUCCGGGUUUUAACCGCUAUCGCUCCGGGUCGAUGAACCGUUUGAAUUAAGCUGUAAAGCUCGUGUUUUCUUAUGUAGCAGCUAGCUUAGCUUAGCUUCCAGCCGUUUCCUGAGCAACAGCAGUUCAGCUGAAGUCUUCAGAGUUGUGCAUUUGCUCAAAACAGCAACAAAAGCAACUCCUCAGGUUGUCAUCGUGUCUCUGUGUGAUCUCAGAGCUGAAUGGCGGGAGGAGAAGCUCCAGGCGAGGAGGAGAGGGAACGCUGUCGGCCAUGUUGUCUGACUGAAGGAGCAUCUGUCUGCUGAGGAGGAGGCGACAUGAGUUCUUCACAGGAGCAGAGGUCUCCCACAACCUCCAUGGAUGUUAACAAAACAAAGGAGUUUGUGACUGUGUCAGGUGGGAGGUCCAGCAGGAGGCUGAACAGCUGGUCCCGUAAAUAACACACCAGCUCACCUUCUGACCCCGACGAAGAGUCAGCACGCCAUCACGAGCUCAUCACUUCCCUCCCGCAAUAUCCUCAACCAUAAGGGAAAAUCUGUCAACUUUUAAAUGUCCCGCCCCAUCCGCACCCGAGCUUCUCUUCUCCCUCGUCUCUCUCCACCGGCAGAAAGAACGGGAGCAGAAAGUGGGCGCCUCAGAGAGACGCAGACCUCACCGCUGCCCGCUGUGUGACAAAGCAUUCAUGUCAACGCACCAGCUGAAGGAUCAUCAGAGUGUCCACACCGGAGAGAGACCAUACCACUGUGACCUGUGCGGGAAAACCUUCACUCAGUUAAGCAGCGUAAGAACGCACCAGCGCGUCCACACGGGAGAGAAACCGUACCAGUGUGACCAGUGUGAGAAAGCUUUCACUCAGCCGAGCACGUUGAAACUCCACCGGCGCCGUCACUCUGGAGAGAAACCCUACAGCUGUGAACACUGCGGGAAGAGCUUCACUGAUUCAUUUUCAUGCCGACAACACGAACACGUCCACACGGGUGACAAACCUUUCCAGUGUCAGCUCUGCGCCAAAACCUUCCUCACACAGUCGAAUCUGACGAGACAUCGGCGCCUCCACACGGGAGAGAAACUGUACGGCUGUCAGCUGUGCGGACGCAGUUUCAAUCAUCACUCCUCGUACACCGUCCACCAGCGGAUCCACAGCGGAGAGAGACCCUACCGGUGUCGGUUCUGCGAUAAAACCUUCACGUCAUCCACCAACCACGCUGAGCACGAGCGCGUCCACACGGGGGAGAGACCGUUCAGCUGUGAGCAGUGUGGGAAGACUUUCAGCCACGUCACCACUCGCCUGCUGCACAAGCGCGUCCACACCGGUGAGAAACCGCACCGGUGUCAGCACUGCGGCAAAAGCUUCCUCACGUCGUCGAACCUGGCGAGACACGUGCGGACUCACACCGGGGAGAAACCGUACUGGUGCGACCAGUGUAAGAAACACUUCACCUUCUCCAGUCAGCUGAAGAGACACCGCUGCGUCUGACGUCUGGGCACAGUGCUGACGUCUGCUGGACUCGAAGGAGGGUCAUGUUUCGCCAACGCAGUUUACAAUUUAAAAUAAAAAAUGUAAAUAUGUUAUGCUCAAAACAUUGAAGGAAAAUGCUAAACAUGAGUUGUUUCCUGCGUCUCCUGGGUGAGGAUUUCCUGUUUUACGCUGUCGUAAAUCUAAAACGGUCAUCUUCGUCAACUUGAACAGUCGGACACUGAUGGACAUUUUCACUGUGACAGUUUGAACGGUUUAGGGCUACAAAUAAUUUAUUUAUUUACUCAGUUAAUUGUUUGGUCUAAAAAAAAAUCCAUUGCGGUUUGUCAGACGAUGAAGACGACAUCUUUUUUUUUUCCCCGACCAACAACCCAAACAAGAUUUGUUUAUUUUUGUUGGAGAUGAAGAAAACCAACAUUUAGAGGUGAAGCUGCAGCCAGUGACUUUCAUCACUGAGAGGGAAUGUAAAUAGGUUUUAUUUAAUAUGGAAACAUUUAUAGAUUAUUUCAGUAUGGAAAGCUCAUGAUAAAAAUCUAUUUAUUAAUUUAUUUAUGUCUGUCUGAAGUACUCCCUCCAUGUAAAUAAACGUAUGUACUUUUCGCUACAUAAAGUUCUGAAACCCAAAUAAACAGGUUGAAAAUAAUAAAA